GCAGGACUUUCAGGAGCGUCAAUCAGCUGCGCAGGCGAGCGUAGGUAGUCCCCUUUCAGCAACUGGGAUACAGCUGCCCUCUUCCCGGGGCAUCGGACCAGCGUCGCACCAUCGCAUGCGUGCUUGUGGCCUUGCGUGCAUCCUUCGGUAGGCGCUGGCCCGUGUAAACAUGGAGGAUCUAGCGAGACGCUAGUAGCAGAGCGAAGAGAGAUCCCUGAGGAGUCAUGUUCAAAAUAGAAUCGUACGUGACUCCUCUGAUCCUCAGCUAUGUGAGCAAGUACGUCAAAAAUAUUCGGCCAGAGGACUCCCAGCUUUCACUCUGGGGCGGUGAUGCUGUCUUCAGCAACUUGGACCUACGACUUGAAGCACUAGAGCAAGAGCUGCGGCUUCCUUUCCGCCUUGUCAAUGGUCACAUUCACGAGUUGCGCAUCCAUGUGCCAUGGACCAAGCUCACCUCAGAGCCUGUUGUCAUCACUGUCAACACCAUUGAGUGCGUGCUACGGCUUGGUGAAUCUUCAGCCAGCUCCUCUUCAUCCUCCGUGUCAUCCACACCUUCAACAACUCGGUUUAGGCGAGUAAGUUCUGCCCGUGCUAUCAGCCCUGACGGCGGCAGUUCCUCACAAACCCUCACUCAGCCCCCUGGCGGUUACCUGGGCGGCUUGCUGCAGCGCGUACUACACAACAUCACGAUUGUCCUCAACAAUGUCAUCCUCAAGUAUGCUGAGGAGGACCUUGUCCUCUCACUCAACGUCAAGGCCGUUGAGGUGGCCUCUGCUGAUGCCUCUUGGCAGCCGGCAUUUGCACAGCUGGCCACAGAAGACCCCGUGCUGCGCAAACUUGUCUCCAUGGAAGACGUCACCAUUUGCCUGGACAAGCGUGAUGCCAGUGGCAAGAUUGAGGCGUACCAGGAGCCCCUGCUCUACCGGUGCUUUGUGCUAGGGCGGCUUCACAUGCGUUAUGAUGGGAGUGGCCGUCCAAGUGCACUGCGUUUCCACAUCUCGUGCGAGCGGCUCGAUCUGUCGCUGACUGAUCAGCAGCUGCCACUGUUUGUGCGCCUCUUGGAGCUUUGCCUGGCACUGUACUAUGGCCGCCUCGCGUGCAGUCCUGUGGAGGAAUCUCGUGAAGCCCCGUCACCUGACCAGUCGCAGUCUCCAACAUCAUGGGUGUCCUCCGGCACCACUCCCGCUGAGGGGGACCCUGGCAGUGAGCAGGGAUGGGGAGCUUGGGCGUGGUCCAUGGUGCCGCAGAUUCUGCCCACCUGGGAGGAAGAGGCACUAGGGAUGGAUGAUUGUGUUGGUGACCCUACAUUGGUAGACACAGGCUGGCCCACAUUGUACCAUGUGGGCUGCUACGUGGCAAAAGCAACCUGUGUCUUUAAGACGACGAGGGAACAUGGUUUUGCAGGCCGUCUUUCUUCAUCGCGGCGACAGAACACGACCGGGCGAGCACUACUGCAGCUGGAGUUGCAUGGUGCCACAUGUGAGAUGGCGCUGCAGGGGCUUACAUGGGUGCACCUCCAAGUGGGAGUCACGGGGGCCGCAAUCUCUGGAUCUGAGCGCUGCGCUUGUGGAUUUGACGAGGCAAUGCGGCGUAAUGGCAGGUCAAAGGGAGCAGCCAUGUACCUGAGAGCUGGAGUCACUACAGGUGGCCACACGUACAAUCACCUCACAGGCUCGCUCUUCGACCCACUUGCACCUGAAAACUCUGGCCAAAUACGUGAGCCCGAGCCUGGAUUGGACGCACACGUCGAACGACUCACAGAGUUGGCCAUGGCCGAACGCUUCCCAGCCCUGUGCAUGGACUACCUGUAUGAGCUGCAAAUUCCCGAAGACUGGGAUGAUUCAAAUGAAGCUGAGGAACCCUGCACUGUGGCAUUUCUUGAGAGCUCGAAUUGGGUUGAGCGUUCCCUGUGUCGCUCUGUGAUUGGUCCCCUCAUUAUCGACAUCACAAGUGGAACAGUGCAUCGCCUUGAAUGGAUCCUGGAGUGUAUCACAAAUGGUCCUCCAAGGCCGACUUAUGGACAAGAGGAAAUCGCGCCCCUACCAUUCCCACUGGCCAUGCCAAAUGAAGAGCAGCUGGAAAGGCUUUGCCAGUUUGUUCCAAGCCGCACAUAUCGUCUGGCCAUACUAAAGCCCCGAAUUAGACUCUGCCCUGCCACACACUCGACCGGAGACAGCCCACGACAGAAGUCCGUGCUCCGUCGGAAGUUCUCGCGAGAUGAACCUGGCCCACCGAGUUCGCUGAUCAGCUCCUGCCUGCCCUUGCUGGAGCUUCAGCUUGCGUGCCUCGACAUGUCACUGUCAAAGCCGAUGUACCCGCGAAGGAUGACCGCCCUACUGGCAGUGGAUGAAGGGGCACUCCCAGAUGCUGUCCGGCAGCAGUGCUUCUCUCACACCCAAGCAAAGCUUUGGGGCCUGACUGUGGAUCUAGCCGCUGCGUCAAACAAAGCAUCAGCUCGUCCACCAGCUCGGGCAGUGGUUUUGAAUCCAGCCUGGGCUACAAUGACCAUGCACUCCGUCUUGUGCCCCGGUGUCCUGGCUCAUGGCCCAAACAGCCUGACACGGUCAUGGAGCACGUUGGAAGUGGGCCCGCUGCACUUUUCGGCAAGUAAGCAGCGCGCCAUGGCUGCCUUGGGGGUGUUGCUGUCCUGGCAUUCAGGGCCUGCAGUCACCACUACACUGGGAGCCUCUUCACUUCUUGGGAACCUUGUUCAUGAAGGAAGUUCGACGCUGGAGUUGGCUGUCGGCGGCAUCUCGUGGAGCUCCUCAGAAGACACCCAAGCAUGCACACACUCUGCCAGCAUGGUUUCACUCUCUCUGGUGCUGAAUGAUAAAGACAAAAGCGCCUGCAUACUUCGUGCGCCAGAAAACACAGCCCAGGUGCCUCAGUUUGCAAGGCACGACGGUGAUGUGGAGCGAGAGCUGAGUCGGGUUGAAGAGUCCUGGAUUCGAGCCACUGCCAGAGUGCCACUGAAGUGGAGCUUGAACACAGCUGAAGCCAGUGGCUACGUGGUGCUCAAGGUGAAGGGUGUCACUGUUGUGAUGGACCCUGCCCUGGUGACUUGGCUUGCCCCACUGCCUCUGAUUUUUCCAAUGGGUGGCGACUUCCAUGCGACAGGUUCAGUGGCCACGCCCUUUUCACCAACAGCUAGUGACGACGGCAUGCCGACGUUUUCAGACGAGAAAUCCCGAGACGUGCCGCAAGAGGGUAAAGGCUCAGCCAGUGGCAGUCAGAAGAGCACCACUACCAGUCUGGUGUCCCCACCGGACCUAGUGGGUCCGCGAAGACUACUACGGACUAACAGUGAGGCAUCCACUUCCAGCAAGGCACCAGAGCAGCCCAAAGGAUUCCACAGCUGGCUGUACAGCACCUAUCUGCACCUGAAGAACUUCUCUGUUCAGGCGGACAUCGCCAACAUCUGCGUGCUGUUCCCUCGCUUGCCCCUGCUGCUUGCGUUCCCGAGGCAGCAGCGACAGCCAGGCUCAGUGGAGCCCUUACCCAGCAUACUGCUGCAGUGGCGUCGUGUGCUGAAAGGAGGUUCUGAAGGCACUGUGGUGUGCACACUGUUGCCAGCUGUGAAUGUUGUUUCCGCUGACUCCCGACCCAAGCAGGCCGCUGCUGGCUCGACUGAGCCACAUGACAGUGCGUCCGGGGAGAGAUUUCCGUGGUGCGUGAAACUGAGUUCAUGGGCAGCGUUUGAAGCUUGCAACCAGCAUGUCCGCCACAUGCUCAAGCCUGCUUCCCUGUCGUGCACGGUAGCGCUGACCUCCAGCCACAACCCCGAAUCUCAGCCUAGGCUGCCUCAGCUCGGUCUCUGCAUACACGUUGACGUUGAGCCUUUCCAUCUCAGCGUUUCCAAGAAACAGCUGAAUGAAAUUAGGCAGGUUCUGCUGUUCCUGGGGGCCAUGCAUUCAAACGCUUCCAACACAAUGGCUUGGUUCCACCAGCCAGGGGCCAGAGUCCCUGAGUCCAUGGGCUUGAGACCAAUUCACCGGCAGACCUCGGCACCGAAGGGCCUGGGCAGAAGCUUAAGCCUGAGCGAGUCGGGUGAGAAGAAUGUCACAACUCCUGUUGUGGCUGCCAGUCCAGUGACCAAGGCUGCCCUCGAAGUGCCUGCCCUGACGUUCUGGUUCCAGUGGACGUUGCCCAAGGUUGGAGUCAACCUCUUUGGCAAGAGUGGAGAGGGACCGUUGGCCAGACACGUCUGGCUUCAGCUUGAAGCUGAGGAUGUGACCGCAUCUCUGGAUGUCCAAGAAGUGUAUUCAAAAGUCAAGCUGAAGACGUCUUCCUUCAAUAUCAGUUGCUUCCAAAAAAGUCCAAAUUCACCGACAUCAACAUGGGAAGCUGGACCAUACGAAGGCGUGGUGUUCAGCUGCACCGAGAAGCUCAACCGCCAGACUGGUACGAGCAAGAUGAUGGCCACCUCGUCUCCCUUGAGCCAGCACAAGCAGGCCGACUUCUUGAACCUGACAUGGACGUCCGCUCUGUGCGCCCAUGUUCGCAGAAACAUCCACAAGUCAAGAAAGGAGUUCACUCCCUUGACAGAAGCUGAGAAGCAGGCUCUGAAGCCACAUUUUCUCAGCGAGGUUGAUUUAAAACUGGCUCCCCUGGACGUGGUGCUGCACACGUGUGUCGCCAGCGUUGUGGCUGAUAUGGCUGUGCCAGUUCAGAGCCUCCUGGAACUCCUGUGGACGCCAGCAGCCAGUGUUCCUUCAAAGGGCCAGUCCUCCAAGCCAGCAGGCUGGGAUUUAAACAGCAGGGCACUGCCGCUUGUCUACGUCUCUUCAGGAACCAUCCGCAUUUUCCUUCCUGAGGACGAUAAUAGGGAAUCUGAAAGGCUGUCAAGUAGCGGGGACGUCUGCCUGAUGCAGAUUGGAGCAGCGUCCCUGAGCCCUCAAGUGGAGAACCCUCUGUGCCGCCGCCCCUUGCGGGAGGACUUGUACUGCUGGGCGCAGGAACAGGGCAUGCUGAAUGCCGUCGGCUCAGACCUGGAAGACAGGCAGUACCACAUGCGCUUGUCAUCCUUCUUUCUGUGCACACUGAACUGGAGUGAUUUGGCAAGCCAGGAUGUCAGAGGCGAGGGCACCGUCCUGGGACCUGGUGGUAGUCAGCCAGUGACCACGCUUAUGGGUGAGAACCCAGCUUUCGAAUGGAACCGCCAACCCCCUGGGGCCCACGUGCUUGGCAGGGCGUCCAAGGCCCCUGUGCCCUUGCACUUGGUCACUUCCUGCUGCGACCUGCAUGUCACUCUGGCUCCCGCAAUGAUCUUCGUGGAGAGCAUGGCCGACGGAACUUCUCAGGAGGUACUGGUCUGUGGACACUCUGUGGAAGCGAGCAUACCACGUGAUCUGCAUUGCCACUUGAGCCUGGACCAAGUGGCCCUGGUGCACAGCAUCUUCUCACAGUAUCUGGGCAUUGUUGGCAAGCUGGCCGCAGCCACGACACCCACGGGGAAACACAUUUUCCCUGCACUGCGCCACACACCCGAAUGUCGUGACAGCGGCCUGGGAAGCGAGCUUUCCGAGGCCCUUGAGCCCGUUCAGGCUUCCGGCACACCAGCCACAGGACUGAGCUUCGUGCCCUUUGAUCUCUUACUGACUGCAUCGACAAUCUCUCUGACGCUCGGACAAGUGGAAGCCGACAGGCGAAAGCAAUCGCACUCGCCACCAAGUUGCAGUGAUGAUGAAGACAUUGGGUACGACGCCUCAGAGGACUCGGACAGCCGUACUGGUGACGAUGUCGCUACGGGUACCCACCAGACCACACGAGGCAGUGGCAAGGUGGUUCCACUGGCCCGCCUAGUUGUGCUGCAGCCCCAUGCUUUCCUGACAUGCUCUUCUAGUGAACAGCGAGCUGAAAUGUCAUGCUUUGACAUACAGGUCGGCGGCGUGCCAACUGGGUUCCGGGCAGCAGGUCGCUGCCUGUCAGAGCUGGCCAGCCCAGGCACGUUUGUGGAACCCUGGCUGGAGACAAAACCUGGGGAGCCUCAUCCCAAGACUGGGAUUCCACCGUCCCUCUUCACGCUCUCACUCCAUGGCUUCCUCAUGCCUCAGGUGACCUUGUGUGUGAAGGUUGGCCGGCCUCUGAGGGUGAACCUGAGCGCAUCCAAGCUGGACCAAGCCCUGCAGUUUGCAGAGCUUGCCUCGCAUCAGUGGUCGCACAUCCAGGGCUGUUCCAGCGCAGUUCGUCAGGACACACCUGCAAGCACUGAGACCAAAGGUGCACGGACUGAAGUAGUGGAGGCUCCCACUGCGUCUUCCAGUGAAUGGAGGCUGUCGACAAAACUGGAGAUGGACCAGCUCGUCUUGUCCCUCGAUGUUCCUGCGCAGCACCACCAGGCUUUUAAGAUGGUGCUGGCCUUGGAGGGACACGCCUCCAACUUGGAAAUCCUGUGCUCCUCCGAAGGUGUUCCAUCAACCAUUGAAAGCAAAAGUACACUAUCAUCACUUCAGCUCUAUGCUCUCGUCGGUCAGCAGUGCAUGGCUUUGGCGGGACCGUCAACCUUUGUCAUGUGGACCGACAGCUUCUGGGAACAGCUCUCUGGUCUUCCAACAGCGCACAGUGUCCUGAGGGUUCACUGUGACAUGCUUCCACUGAACGUUGGGCCCGCACAGUUGCUGCAUUGUGUGACGGCAGCUCACCACACAACACACCUUGUGGCUUCUGUUGCAGAACGCCUUGAGAAAAUAGCACCCCGUGGCAAAGUGAAAACUCCACUGAAAGCAGCUUCUACCGCUGCCAAAGGUCCUCAGGGAAAAUCUUGGUGUGAUGACCUCCGCAACGGCAGCUUCCAGUACAUCCAAGAUGACGGCACUCCCAACCCGAAUGAGAUUGUCUUCCGUCGGCCACUGAAAAAUGGGGAUGCUGGUGUGAUGACAUGGCGCUACGCUGAGCCGCGAGUUUUGACUCGGGUCGACGUCUAUCCCGUGCCGUUCUCAUCGACGAUGACAAUGGGCAUUUCCCCUCCUCCUGCGUUACAGUGCAACCUUCAGUACUGGGACCCCUGCCAAGAGAUCUUUGUGACGUGCCAACAGUUUGAGUUGUCAGAGAGUGAGCCGUGCUUUCUGGAGCUGCCAGCGCUGGCGUUCUUUGGGGAUCAGCCUCCGCCUGUGGCAGUUGCAGACACUUGGAGGGUUGUCAUCCUUCCUCCUGAGCAUCCAGCUACAAGCAGAGGCAAUGAAGAGCCAACUUCAGGAACUGCCAUGUCUCCCCUGGCGUUAGCUGCCUGCAUGCGCGUGGACUCCCACUUUGACCCAGCGCUGGUGCCCCGUCUGAGAGCAAGUGUGGCCCUCGAUGCCUGCGUUGUCACCUUGAACGUACUGACCGAUCAAAAUGUUCCUUCAGCAGCGCUGUGGCCAUUCAAGUGGGAUCAUUCAGUGGCAAGCCCCGCCAACCUCGACUUUGCCAUGCUGUCCAUGGACCACUUAUGCCUUUCCUACACCGGCUGGGAGCACCGCAUCAACCUAGGGGUGAAUGGGUACGUGUCAUGCGAUGUCACAGAACUGCUUCACCUUACCCGCCUCGGUGUCCUUGACUCUGUGGGUGUCAAAGCCUCGGCUGUCAUCUGCCAGCCUGUCAACAAGGAGCCUGGUAUUGAAAUUGAGGCGUCCUUGGACCCAUGCUUCAUCAGGAUCAGUCAGCCUGUUGUGCACACUCUCUCCACGGCAGCUUCUUUUUGGAGUCCGGAUGCACACACUGGUGUUCUCCCCAGCUAUGUGGCAGUAUGCAACAAUACGACAGACACCGUGUGCUUUGGUCAGGCUGGAACUGUGGAGAAGAUACCGCUUCAACCAGGGCACAUGCAUGCAUACACGUGGAAGAGCACCAAGGCACCACUGAUGCUCCAUCUUGGCAUCGAAAAUCAGCAGUGGAAGUGGAGCAGCCCUUUUGCACUGGUCCAGGGAAAAGAAAUUACGGUGGAACUUCCCAUUGGCUCAUCGGCAGUGUCUACUGUCCUGGUCAGAAUGCAAGAAGAACAAGGGGUCGAGAUGCAGGUGAUCAUCUCCGGCCAAGUCACACUCCGGAGCCACCUAGUGACAGAUCUGCAAGUUCAGCUCAGAUUACUGGUUGAGAGCACCAAGGAACACAAGUCACCGUCUACACAGCCACCAAAGACUCGUACAGUGGUGGUCGACCUUGGUGACAAGGCCUGCAGGAGCCUCAUCAUCAAACCUCGGAGGCUACACUCUUUUUCAAUUAGGAGGCAGGCUUCCACACCAAGCGAACAGGCGAGGGUGAACGCAGUGCCUUGGUCCAGUGAAGUGGUGUUCGACGCCAUGAGCUCAAAGGACUGGGCCAAAGUUGUUGAGGUACCACAAGACACUGACGAGGCUGCAAAGCUCCAGCUAUGGUGCUAUUGUUUUGCUGGCUGUUUUGGAUCAUCUGCAAAUCUUCUGGUGCUGGCAUUUGCACCCCUUCACGUGCUACGCAGUCACCUGCCCUGCAGCCUCCUGGUUCACCUCCACGGAAGAACGGGCUUCUUAGCUGCAGGCGAGCACUACCACUCGCUUACGGUCCCUGGUCGAGGCCAAGACUGGCCUCUGCUUGUGGACCCGCUACCAUCCAGCCUCACCUUUCAGCUUGGACCAGAUGUUGUGAAGCAACCCAGCAAGCGCGUUUCAUCUCCUGCGCUUGAGCUGAGGCCUCCGACAUUGGACCAUGAAAUCUCCACCACACCUCCAGAAGACCUGUGGAAGCUGCGCAGUCCGGAGUGGAGCUUAAGCUCCCCUCACGCAGCAAAGUGGCCCUAUGAUGACAUUGAGCGCACAGCCAAAGUGGACCACCUGUGGGAAAAGGGAGCUCUCAUGCAGCUGUUCACUUCUACUAACCCAAGCCCUAAGUGCCUUCCCGAGAUGCCAGAGACAGAGCUGCAUGUGAAACAGUACUUUGACCCCAACCUUCCAUAUCCGGGCACUGUUCUGGUGGACAUUAAACCCUGGGCACUUAUUGUCAACUGCACUGGACAAGAGCUCAGGUUGCUCACAGGCGACCAUGGCAUUUGGACUCUAGGCCAGGAGCAGGCAUUUGCACCACCACCACUUCACGAUCCCUUUUUUCUGGCCAUUGAGGAGGACGGCAAUCUUCACUGCUCCCUGCGCCCUCUGCUGGUGGACCCUUCCUACCUUCUCCAGAAGAGGAAAGGCGGUGCACUACCUGCCGACCUGGACGCUGACCUGCUGCAGCUGUCGGUGCCCACACCCGUGUGCAUCUACUUCCGCAACCCUAGCUUGGUUUCAUUCGCGGUCUGUCGGCUGAUUGCCUUGGCGGAUGACUUUGAGGGAUGCCUUGUGGUGACAUUGAAGUCGGCAGUCUAUCUCAGCAACCAAACAGAUUUGCCACUGGCCGCUGCUGGCUUCACGACGAGGGUGGUUCUGGACAACUCGACACAAGCCUGGACUGGUGUCAUGGAAAUGGCAGCAGAGUGCUCACUGCCACCUGACUGCCAUCAGGGCCUAGGCGUCGUUCCCCUGCUGUUCUGGAAUGGAAGCAAUGGCAUCGACGACACAGAAGUGGAUGAAGCCGUGUUUGGCCGCCUCCUCAUCAGCCUGGCUCUAAACCGUGUGUCCGCUGAGGGCGAAAGAAGGCUCUGGAGCUUCCCCUUGAACCUGGAGGUGGAAAACAAGAACAUGCGUUGUUCAACGUCGGUUUUCAAGGCUGUCGGGGCAUCCUAUGUGACCUUGCCCCUUGUGGUUACCUGUCACUCGAGGGGUGGAAGCGUGUAUCUCGUCGUUGCUCGAGAUGCCAGUCCACUCCUACGCAUCUCUAAUGCCACACGUGCCACGCUUGUGCUUGCAGAGAACAGCCCUACAAAAGAUCAGUGGCUUCUGCCCUCAGUGGGCCCUGGCUGUUCUGUGCACUUCACACCCCCCAGCCUUCUCUCCUACAGCAAUGGCAUCGCCGGUGCAGCCGAACCUGGAAACCCUUUCUUGCUGCUUGGCUGCACAAGGGAAGCCGAGCCACACCCCAUUUAUUGGAGCAGUCCAGUCGCAUGCUUAGAUGUGGCCAACCAGUUCGUCCAUAUUCCGAGCCUUGGAGACGUGCGAGUGUCUGCUCAAAGGGCUGGUCACACUACACACUUGCUUGUACAAGUUGUGAGCAGGGCAGAGGUGUCGGCAAAGGAGAUCCGCAGUCGCAUAGGGGAACUCCAGCCUGCCACCGAUGUUGAGGUCCGCGGAACACCUGAUGGAAUGUCUGCUGACAGUCUCCUGGCCAUGUCGGACCAAAGCCAUGUGCCUGUGGUGCCAGCCGAGGACUUCCCGCCGCUGUCCCCCCUUUACCGCUCCCUGCGCUUUGCCUCGGUGAACAUCGACGAGCUCUGCUUUGUCUUGAGCGACAACAGCGAUGUCGCCGACCACAAGAAGUGCCUGCAAGAAGUGGUUCGCCUUAGUCUGGACUCUGUGUCAUGUGCCUGUCGACCCAGGGCCACUCCUCCCGCCAUGCCCAUGGGAAAUAAUCAGCCAGACACUUCGCCUGCGAUCAUCUAUGACAUCUUUACAUUCGUUGGUGGCAUACAGGUUGACAACCAGCUCUCGCAAGGCGAGUCAUCGAACGAAGUCUAUGAUUUCCCCGUCGUGUUGGUGCCCAGAGAUGAUACUUCAUCGACAGAGGGUGCGUCGUCGUGCCAAAAUGCUGUGGCAUCGCUGACGCUGUCAAUCGAAAUUCUCCGUGAUGGUCGCCUGACUGCGGAUUCACUCACCAUCAAGUUCUCUCCGCUUUCUCUCUUUUUGGAAGACACACUGCUUUAUAGGCUGGCCCGCAUGUCAAGCUUUGUGCGUACAGCCUGGCACUGUGCACCUCUCCCAGCCAGUCGCGAGUCCCACCUACCCCAGGAGGUGGCGGUCGCUUCUCAGGCUCUGAUGCGAACAGUGCCAGUGCGUGAGAUUGUGCUGGAGCCCUUGGCAGUGCAACUCAGCCUACACGCCUCGCUGAAGCUGUACUUGUCUUUGAACGGGACGCCGCUGAGCUUUGCACGAUUUAGCCGGAGGAACCUUGUGACGGGCUGCUACCAGCUGGGCCAGCUGUUAACACGACACUACGUGACUGGGGCACUGCUCAGGGCAGGUUGGGUUGUGGGCUCCUUGGACUUGCUCGGAAACCCGACGGGUCUGGUGCGUGCCCUGGGGUCUGGAAUGUCUGCGAUGGUGGUGCUUCCAUACAGAGGCUUAGCACAGGGCCGACCCUGGGCUUUCUUCAUGGGCAUCUCACACGGAGCUUCUACCAUGUUGCGUCACAUCUCCUCCGGUGCACUAAGUUCUGUGACACAGCUUGCCACCAGUGUGUCUCGGAAUCUGGACAGGCUCUCCUUGGAUCCAGAACAUCUCGCUUGGAAAGAAUCACUUCGCACUGGUCCUUCAGCGGGCAUUGGCCAGGGACUAUCAACACUUGGAAUCAGCCUGCUAGGAGCUGUUGCAGGCAUUGUGGAUCACCCAAUGCAAGCCCUGAUUCAUGAGGAGAGCCGAGGGCCAACUGGAUUUGUCAAGGGCGUUGGUCGUGGCCUCAUGGGAGCCGUAGCCAAGCCAAUCAGUGGUGCUGCUGAACUUGUGGCUCAGACGGGAAAAGGGAUCCUGCAAGGUGCAGGCUGGGGUGAUUUCACCCAGCGCAGGCAUGAGCCUCGGUUGUUGUCGUAUGACAAUGCACCCUUUUCGGAGGCAAGGGUUCGAAGAAAGAUUCUGCUUGACCAAGAGCUGCUGCUGGUCCUGCAUGUCCAUCUGCUGUCUGAAGAGGGCACCAACCAGCCCUUGAUUCUUGUGCUCACUCGGCAGUGUCUCUGUCUGCUGAGCAAGACUGAUGGCACACUCGAACGGUGCUUCUCCUUGGCUGAGCUUUUGUGCACUGGUCCACCCAGUGAUCCCGCAUGCGUGGUCCUCGACCAUGGUCCACCGCAGUCAGGAAUGCUACUGGAAGAGAUGGCGAGCCGAGCCAGGGUGCGAGUUGCGGAGUAUGUGACACACACUUCGUCAUACUCUGUGCCGCCAUCGGCACAGGAGUGCGGUGACUGCAACACGCUGCAAAGUGCACCUGGUGUUGCCUACCAAUUCCGCCUUGCGCAACCAGCCAUGAGGCCUCUGUUUCUAGCCCGCUUCCACGAGGUCCAGAAGGCGACAUUGGGCAAAGGCUUUCACAGCUUUCUCCACACAUAGCCAUAACCCAAUGCAUGCCCUUACGAUGGAGGAAACAUAAUCUAAUUUAAUGGGAUAAGCUUCCUACAACACGGAAAAGGCAAUGUGUACAGUGUUUCCACGGUAGUACACCUUUUGGUCUUACUGUUCAGUGGAAGUACAGGAAGCGAUACAAACCCACUUUCCAUCAAUGCCUGCCAGUGAUUAUACACUGUUCAGUUUUACUAGAUAUAAAGCAUUUAAGCGACCUAUGGAUAAACUAUAUUUUCUGGAGAUCGUAAUCGCACAAAUUGUACCUAGUCAACCAAAGUUACAAUAUUCUGUGCCUGGAGCAUUUUUUAUAACUUAAUACGACCAUUCCAAGCCCUGCUAUUGAAAGCAGCAAUGUACAUAGGUAUUUUUUUAUAAAUGGUGCAAUAAAUUGAGUGUUCAAUGCGUUUGCAACUUCAAA